AUGGUUAAAAGAGAAAGACUUUCUUCUCCCAUUUCGACGGAUUCAAGUUUAGCACCUCACGAUUCCAUCUCGGCUGACGAGAAACCUCUGAUCAAAAAAACAAAGUCACCCAAAAAAGAAGGAAAAGGUACUAAGACUCCAUGGUCAGUCGAAGAAGAUACUGCAUUAAUAACCAUCAUGGAUGAAGUAAUCAAGAACCACCUUUGGCCAGCUAUCAAAGCUUCAGGGAACGAAAGGUUGAUCGCUAGAACAGGUUACGGAUGUCAGUAUCAUGCUAAGCUACUUAUGAAAGCUGGUAAAAGCAAAAAGUGA